AUGUUUUCAAAGUCCGUUGCCAGAGCUGGCUUGAUUGCCAGUCUAGCUAUCACUACCGUUAACGCCAUUGCUACAAUCUCUGUAACCGGCUCGAAAUUCUUUACAAGUGAUGGCGAUCAAUUCUUUAUCAAAGGCGUCGCAUACCAGUUGACCGAAGCUGAUCCUUUAAUCGACACUAAUCAAUGCCAACUGGAUGCCUCUUUGAUGAAAACCUUGGGCGCAAACGCCAUUCGCGUUUACCACGUUGACCCUUCUGGAGAUCACUCUGGGUGUAUGAGUGCUUUCGCAGAUGCCGGUGUCUACCUUUUCUUGGAUUUGGAUACUUUCAAUACUGCAAUUACUCCAACUGAUGCUACCUGGAACGAAAGUCAAUAUACCGCAUUUAGUAAAGUAAUGGAUGCGUUCGCCAAAUUCGAUAACACCCUUGGAUUCUUUGUGGGAAACGAGGUUAUUGCUAUGAACAACCAAUCUUUGGCGGCACCAUUUAUCAAAGCCGCUGCUAGGGAUAUGAAGGCAUACAGAAAUUCGAAAGGAUAUCGUGAAAUUCCCGUUGGCUACUCUGCGGCGGAUAUUGCGGAAUUACGUCCUAUGCUUCAAAAUUAUCUUGCUUGCGGCACCAACACUUCCGAGACUAUCGAUUUCUUCGGGUUGAAUGCAUACGAAUGGUGCGGCGAUAGUGAUUUCUCUACUUCUGGUUACAAGACCCUCAAUACUUACGCCGAGGGUUAUAAUAUUCCUAUUUUCUUCUCAGAGACCGGAUGCAACACAGUGAAACCCAGAACAUUCCAGGAUCAAGCAGCAAUUCUCGGUUCGGAGAUGGACGAUCAAUGGUCUGGCGCAAUUAUUUACGAAUGGAUCGAAGAGGCCAACGAUUAUGGACUGAUCAGUUAUGGACCAACCGUUGCAGCUACUGCUGUCGCAACAAAUGUUGCAGGUGGAUUUUCUCGCGGCGGAACUCCAACCCCUGUUUCUCCAGAUUUCGCCAAUCUCCAAAGUCAGUGGGCAACUUUGACUCCAACUGGUGUUGCAAGCUCUGCUUAUUCCCCAACUCUUACACCACCUGCUUGCCCUGCAUCAACCUCCGGAGGCUGGUUGGUCGAUGGUGAUGUGAAAUUGCCAUCUAUUGGCCAGAAAGAAGCAACUGGCACUGCCACAACAACUUCUGGAUCAGCAUCCUCUACCGGAAGCGCAACUGGAUCAGCUGCAUCUGCAACCUCAACAAAGGGUAGCGCAUCCGGCGGUAAAGAAAUUACUGGCAUGAGUGUAGGAUUGGCCGCAGUUAUGUUCGGUUUCAUGUACUGGCUAUAG